UCAAUGCACAUUAGAUUAUAGUAACAUCAAAUAUAACACAGUGAACCAAAGUUUAUUCCUGACGUCUUUCUGAUGUUUCCACUGGCCUGUUUACGGCAACCGUGUGAUAAAACCCUGAAAUUACAGCUCUUAGUUUUGGUGUGGCACCCCAAGAUUUGAAGUGGCCCCAUCGGGCCACCCCGAUGAAAGAGUUCUGGAGGCGCCACUCUUCAAACCUUCAGGUUGGAAACACAAAGCCGCUCGGUGGCGAGUCGGGAGAACGCUGAAGGCUGGACUGGGUCGGGACCGAGUUAGCACUGCUGCUAACGCUUACCUCCAACAACUGCUCCGGUUACAGCAAACAGGAAUCGGAAAUGGUCCGUCCGACAUUAUCUUCCGUGCGUUGCUUCCGCUCUAGUUUGAAUCAGCGUUGUCUCUGGCGAGUUGGUCGACGUCUCCAUGGAAACACACGAUGGAUCCGACCGAAAUGUUUCUCCUUCCGAUCGUGACGUAGCCAAGUGGAUGUCCCACGCCUUCCACGCGGCUCGCCAGGCGCUGCGGAGCGGAGAGGUUCCGGUGGGGUGUCUGCUGGUGCACCAGGACCAGGUGGUCGCCAGUGGGAGGAACCAAGUCAACGAGAGCAAAAAUGCCACCAGACACGCCGAGAUGGUGGCGCUGGACCAGUUCCUGGACUGGUGCCGUCAGGGUGACCGGCCCGUGGGCGAGGCGUGCGCCAGGACGGUGCUGUACGUGACGGUGGAGCCAUGUGUCAUGUGCGCGGCUGCGCUCAGGCUGCUGCGCGUGCCCGUCGUGGUGUUCGGCUGCAGAAACGAAAGGUUCGGAGGAUGUUGUUCAGUUCUGGACAUCUCCUCCGCUGACCUCCAGCAGAGCGGCUCCGGCUUCCAGUGCCUGUCGGGCCACCGGGCCGAGGAGGCUGUCCAGAUGUUGAAGACCUUCUACAAGCAGGAGAAUCCCAAUGCUCCCAAACCCCGAACCAGGAAGGACUGCACCUGACUCACUUUCUGCUCAAUAAACCUUGGGCUUGGACGUUUGUCUUUUAUUGGCAUGACAGCAGGGGGCGCACUAAUGGACAGCUAUUUUCCCC